AUGCUUUUUUCCUGCGAGCGCGUCUGUGGCGCCCGCGACCCGGCGACGGACACGGUCCGGAUCGGCCUCCCGCUGGGCGCGGCGGAGUCGGCGCAGGCCCGGCAGGAGUCCCCGGGCGCGGAGCGGGAGCCCGUCGCGGCGGCGGCGGAGCAGGCGGAGCAGGAGGGCGCCAGGCGCAGGCUGCUCCGGAGGAGCUACCCGCUGCACCGCGCAGCUGAGCUCGGGAGCGGUCAGAUGGAGUACCUGCUGGCGGAGGGCGCCGACCCGUCCCAGAAGAACUCCUCGGGCCUCACCGCCGCCCAGGUGGCAACGAAGAAGAACAGGGGGGACUCCCACGCAGCCGCCCUGAGAGCCCUCGGCGGCGCGUGA